AUGACAACUUACAGUGUAACGCAUCAUCAUUAUCCAUACAAUGUAUUUGAAAAACACUUUCAUACAGAGAGUACAAGUCAGCUUUCGUACGGUAUCAUAAUUUUGAAUCAUGCACGCGAUAGUCUAGAUAAACUAUUAACAAAACCAUUAUGGAAAAAUGCAAAGAUUCGUGGAUGCGCCGAUGGUGGCGCAAAUAUGUUGAAAGAUUUUACGUUCAAAUUAGUUAAUGCCGAUGAGAAGAACCAUUUUAUACCCGACUACAUUAGCGGUGAUAUGGACUCGAUAACUAGUACAACAAAGAACUAUUAUGCAAAAUAUAACGUUCAACUUAUUCACACUCCUGAUCAAAAUGCAACAGAUUUUACUAAAUGUAUACAGAUUAUGUUAGAACGAUCAAGCCUAGAUGUAAUUUACAUAUUCAGCACCUUCGGCGGACGGUUCGAUCAAGCAAUGAGCAUCAUACACACACUUUAUCUAUUUCCAACAAUAGAACUCUACUUAGUAACCGAUGAAGACAUCACCUUCGUAUUGAGACCCGGCUAUAAUCACAUACACAUCAAAUCACCUUUACGUGGUGAAUAUUGUAGUCUAUUGCCCAUAGCUGGACCGGUCACAUCAGUCAGUACGAAAGGUUUAAAAUGGAAUCUAGACGGGAAUACAACAUUAGAUUUUCAUACGUUAGUUAGCUCAUCGAAUGCAUACGACGAAGAAUUAUUGAAAUCUGAUGUUGCGGAUCAUGUCGAAGUCUGUACAGAAAAAGAUCUUGUUUGGUCCAUGACGUACAAUGUUAAUCUCAUUUGUGCUUAA